AUGAAGAAUUUCUCAAUUUUAAUUUUAUUAAGCGUUUUAGUAAAUAAAUCUGAAGAAACUACAACGGUCAAAAUAGGCGUUUUGUUAAUGACAAGCGCACCGGAACCUUUUGAUCUUCGCCGUGUUGGACCGGCAUUAGAUAUCGCAUUUGAGCGAGCAGAAGCCGAGUACGGAGUUAAAUACGAAGUGAUAGUACGUAACUACACUGGAAAUUGUCCAAAACAAACAGUGAUUGGUUAUUUAUCAGAACUAUAUUACAUAGAAAACGUGAAAGCAGUAAUAGGACCGGCAUGUUCGGAGACCAUAGAAGCGGCCGGUCGUUUGGCCCAGUACUUAGAAAUGCCUAUGAUAAGCGGAGUUGGUGAUUUGGUUAUUAGGAAACCUAAAGAUAUGUAUACAACUUUAACCAGAAUGUCCUAUAACUUGGAUAAACUGUCCGUGUCAGUAAAGAAGAUUUUGGAGGAAUACUCGUGGAAACACAUUGUUAUUCUCUACGACACCGAUUAUGUCUUUUUCAAUUUGGCGGGAAACAGUUUAGCGAGAGAUUUCAAAGCUGACGGGGAACUACCGAGGCCAGUUGAUAUACCAUUUAGGAAAGCAACUUUAAACAAUCAACACAAAAGUCUUCUUACCGAAGCAAACCUUCAUGCUCGAGUCUUUGUGAUUUUCUCCGAUUCUGAUGUUUUAAGAGAUUUUCUGUAUGCUGCAGACGAGCUUUCAAUGACGGAAGGUGAUCACGUUUUCAUUACAAUGGAAUUGUUCCCAAGUGAUUGGCUCGGAUACUACACACAGUUCCUUCGAGGUGAUUAUAAAGAUGAAGCUGUUACCAAAGCAUACGAGUCUCUGUUGCUGCUUACACCCUUACAACCAGACAAUAUUGAACAUAAAAUAUUCUCUGACGAGGUAAAACAAAGAGCACAGAGAGAUUACGGAUACACGUUUGGAGUAGACGAGGUCGUCAACUACUUCAUAACCGCAUUUUACGAUGGUGCCAUUUAUUUGACCGAAGCAAUUAACCGAACUGUUGAAGAUGGCGAUGACCUUAAUAAUGGACUGGCUUUGUCCCAGAAAGUGUGGAAUAGUACAUAUAUGGGCAUAACCGGAAUGGUAGCCAUUGACGACCAAGGAGACAGAUUGACUGACUUUGAUAUCUACGACAUGACAGAUUCAACAACAAAAACAUUCAAGUUAGUUGGAAGGUUUCGAGGAGCAUCUUCAAAUUACGAACCAAUUCCUGGUGUGUCGAUACAAUGGCGAAAUGGUCUACCUCUUGAUACCCCUGUGUGUGGGUUCAGAGGAGAAUGGUGUCUGGUCGUGUCUAAUAACAGUUUGACUCUAACAGUUGUAUGUGUAUUGAUUGGUUUGCUAGUGAUUGGAUCUGUGGCCUUUUUCUUUAUAUACAGAAAAAUUAAAUUGGACAAUGAACUCGGUCAGAAGACAUGGUUAGUACCUUGGUCUGAGGUUAGAAUUUCCAAACAGAACAGACAACAGGGCUCACUGAUAUCCAUGUCCCGGAUGUCAUUAGCAUUAGUAGGAGUUGACGAGUCUAUGAACAAAGGUCAACUGUUUACCCAGGUUGGUGUGUGCAAAGGCAAUACAGUUGCUAUAAGACGUUUUAAACUGAAAACCAUAGAACUAACCAGACAUAUUCUACUUGAAUUUCAGCAGCUUCAACAUUUACAUCACCAGAACUUGUGUGCAUUUAUUGGUGCUACUAUAGAACCUGGAAAUAAUACUCUUCUAAUGGAGUACUGUCCAAGAGGAAGUUUACAGGACAUUCUUGAAAACGAUGAUAUAGAGUUAGAUUGGACGUUCAGAUAUUCUUUGAUACGAGACAUCAUUGGGGGUAUGACAUACUUACAUGACAGUCCAGCGAAAUUCCAUGGUAGAUUGAGCAGUACAAAUUGUGUUAUCGACAGUCGAUUUAUGUUAAAACUGACAGACUACGGACCAUUCUCUAUUUUCAAUUCAACAAAACAAAACCAGAUGGAGAACAAUCAAAUGAAUAAGAACAAACUGUUAUGGACAGCACCUGAAAUUCUUCGAAACGGAAAGGGAAAAUCUCGAUUAGAUAACGAAGUUUACGUAAAAGGUGAUAACUACAGUUUCGGCAUUAUUUGUCACGAGAUCGUUAUGCGAUGUGCUCCAUUUGAAGGCUGCGAUCUUGAAGCAGACGAAAUUCUGACAAAAGUAAUGGCACCACCAGGUAUAGAAGGACCUUUCAGACCUCAGAUUUCACCUGAUUCAUGCCCAAAUCAACUUGCCAAAUUAAUUGAAAGAUGCUGGGAUGAAAAUCCUGUAAAUAGACCAUCAUUUAAAUCAGUUGGGGGUGUCAUCAGAAAAAUAAGUGUAGGAAAAGAUAACAACAUUCUAGACAAUUUGAUGAAGAGAAUGGAACUGUACGCAAACAAUCUAGAAUCAUUAGUUAACGAAAGGACACGUGCAUACAUGGAAGAAAAGAAAAGAGCUGAAGAUCUCCUUCACAGACUUCUCCCACCGUAUGUUGCUGAUAAAUUGUCGUCUGGGAACAGUGUAGAACCAGAAUCGUUUUCAACAGUAUCUAUCUACUUCAGUGAUAUUGUAGGAUUUACAGUCAUUGCAGCAUUAAGUACUCCACUUCAGGUGGUUGACUUGCUGAAUGAUUUGUAUAUCUGCUUUGACACUAUUCUUGCGAAAUACGACGUUUACAAGGUUGAAACUAUUGGUGAUGCAUACAUGGUGGUGUCUGGUUUACCUGUCCGGAACGGUAACAAUCACAUCCGGGAGAUAUCCAACAUGGCCCUCGAUAUAAGACAUAAAGUUUUGGAUUUUAAAAUUCGUCAUUUGACAGACAGAAAACUGGAAAUCCGUAUUGGACUUCAUUCAGGACCAGUUGUAGCCGGAGUGGUUGGGCUCACUAUGCCUAGGUACUGUUUGUUUGGAGAUUCUGUCAAUACGGCAUCCAGAAUGGAAUCUACAUCAGAAGCCAUGAAGAUACAAAUGUCGCAGACGGCGAAGGAUAUAUUGGAUAUCCAUAAUUUAUAUAUCACCGAAACAAGAGGUGUUAUACAAGUAAAGGGGAAAGGUGAUAUGGUCACUCACUGGCUAAUUGAUAAAACGAAAGAGCGAAGAGAUACCGUAAUAAAGUAAUACUAACAGAAAGACAAUGUAACAUGAAAACAAACCAAAUAAUGUUGUCAAAAACGUAGGUGUCCUCACAGAUUCAUAAUGCAUGGGAUUUCUUGACAAUCAUAGAAUUAAAUUAUAUCCUUAUGUGUGUAAAUUUUUAAACGGAAUGGUGCUUUUAAUUAUUUUCUUUAACUUGAAAAAAGCUAUUUGUCUAUUAUGAGUCAACAACAUUUUCACAUAUUAUUUUUCGUAUUUUAUACUUGGUCCUUAAUGUAUUAUUUUUAUAUCAGCAGUGCUAAUUGUCCUAAGGUGCCUUUAUGAUUGUUAAAAUUGUAUAUUUUAAAUUGUAAACAUUUCAACGGAGCAGUUUAAGGUUACUUAUGAAUACUGUCUUCUUUGUCCCCUCAGCACAACCUCCAAAUAAGGCCCUACUUUAGAAGCAGAUAGAUUCUCUGUGUAGAAUUUUCCAUUUUAACUUUAUGUCUUUGGUCGGCUAUAAUGGAUAUAAGUUAAAAAUAAUGGCAUCUCGUGAACAAUCUUAUUAAUUAUUUGUUAACCUAUAUGGUCUAACAGUUCGGGUAUCAACGGCCCUGAAAAUCUCUAAGUGAGUUAUAGUCUAAAACAGUUAUUUUGUCCUUAACAUCAUCUUAAAAUUCUGAACAAUAAAUUAUUCAGUGUUGUUCAGUUUUCAGUCGAUUUUUAGACUUCUCCCCUGUGGUGAAUUCAGUACUGUUCAGACAAUUCACUUGCAAUGAAUUCAGUAACGUUCAGUAGCCUUUCAGACAAUUUACUAUGAAGUUGAUGUGUACAGGUAAAUAAUAAUUACUGAACACACUGAGCAUAGACUGAACAGGUCUUAAUUGACCGCAAGCGAUUGUCUGAACAGUACUCAGCUUACCGCAGUGGAUGAGUCAGAAAAUUGACUGAAAUGUUGAAAAUGACUUACAUUUGAUUGUUCAGCCUUUUGAGAUUUGUUGAUAUCAAAAUGACCGUUUCAGAUAAAAAUUGAUUAUCACGUGAUUUCCGAAGAAUAUUCAACAUGAUUAUCAUAAAAAUUGAGAACAAAUCUACAAUUUAAACAACAUUAAUCGUACAAAUUUUACAGUACCAGAUGCUCGUAUUUACCAAUCCUUUCAGAAUUUAAGUCCUUCUCAAUGCUCUUCAACUUCGUUAUUUAUUUGGCCUUUUCAACCUUUUUUUUUAAUUUGAGCGGCAAUGAUGAGUCUUUCGUAGAUGAAACGCGUGUCUGGCUUACAAAAUUUUAAGGCUAGUAUCUAUGAUGUGUUUAUACGAAAAUUAAUGUCUCUUACUGUUGCUCGAGGACAAUAAAUUUGAAAAUCCAGAACCAUACGUAUACGUGGAAAACCUGAUAAAACAAAACAAGACCAAAAGUAUAGCCAAACGCGGUAAACAAAUCAGAUUCAUGAAAAUGUAAAAUGCUUUGUUCCCAGCAUAGAGAUUGCGUCGCAUAUUUCACCUAUUGCAACCGAUUAGAAAUAUAAAAUUUCUUUUUACGGAUUUCUUUUUUCAUUAAAUGGUUAGAAAAAAUAUGAAAUUAUGUAUCUGAUUGUUAUUUAAUUAUAAGUAAUAAUAUUCAUUAAGUAAUUAUACAUAAUUACAUUUAUAACAAUAUAUUAU